AUGCAUUGUUUUUGUCAUCUUCAAAGAUUACUCGCCCGAUCGCCUCCUGCUGACACAACAAAUCUUGGAAAAAUUCAAAGAAAUAUUGGGCCAAGCUUUGAGGCGGACGAUAUUACAUACAAUCAUCUUUUUGAUUAUUAUCAUGCUCAGGAUACCUCCAAGAAGAGCCCCAACAAUAUUGUUAGUAUCGAAGUGGAAGGAAAGCUAUCUUGUGUAAAGGUACUUCAUAUUUUGCAAUUGGCUGAAACUUCGGAACAGCUAGCAAUGGUACAACAGUUAUCAGAAGUCAAAGACGAAAUGCUGAAUCCGGUAUUCAAAAAGUUAGGAAUUACCCGGGUUUUGGAAGGAUCCGAGAGAAGAUUCAUCAAGGUAGAUGUGAUACUUUCUCCAGUUUCUCCUAGAAAAAUCCCAGCCUGGACUAUGGGUGUGCAUAACCCUAGCAUGCUUGUAAUGAUGGUAACUUCUGGUGAACAAAAUGUAAACCCGGUAAACAGUCACGAUAUGGAGGAAUUUUACGCUUCUCAACUAGCUGGAGAUGACAUGGCAAUGGACAUUGACACUGAUCCAUCCAUGAUUUAA